AUCAGCCAGCCAGACACUGGUGGUGGUGGCUGAUAAUAACGUCAGGACGUCAGUCUUCUCUCAUACAUCGCCGGGGAAGGGUGCUGCUCACUUUGCUCUCAGAAAUCACAAGCUGCUCUAUUAAAAGUUUCAGAUUGAAAGAUGGCUUUGAUGACAGGAAAGACACUCAGCCUCAUCAAGAGAGAGAGCUUCUUUGACGAUGCAUUCUUCACCGAUGCCUGGGAGGAUUUUGAUAAGGCUGUCCAGUCUAUCCUCGACAAGUUUGAUAACUCAGGACUUCAGGUUGAUGUGGGAUCGCGAUCACAGUGUCGGGAUGUCUACAGUAAAAUCCGCAGCAGCAAAAUUGAUGAAGAUCUCUAUGCCUCUCAAGCUCUCCAGAUCACUGAGAAGGAUGGCAAAUUUCAGGCUGUAAUGGACGUGAAGGACUUCAGCCCAAAUGACCUUCAAGUUACGGUGGUAGAUGACCGUGUUGUGGUUGAGGGCAAGUACUGCAAGAAAUCUGAAGAUGGUUCCACCGUGUCAUCAAAAUCAUUCUACAAGGAGUUCACGCUGCCUAAUAAUGCCGACAUUGAUGCAGUCUCCACUGCACUCUCUAAGGACGGUGUCCUCACUGUCAAGGCUCCAAAGAGGGAAGGUGAUGGUGCCAAGCCUGCUGGAGCUCUCACCACCUCCACCUCCACAGUACAACAAUCAUCAUCUUCCGUCCAACAAUCUUCUUCAGUUUCCUCAAGCUCAGUUAAGAAGGUUUCCAUGUCCUCAUCGUCUACAUUUUCGUCGUCUUCAUCUUCCAGCUUCUCUAACAAGAGUUCCCUCGAUGACAUGGCCAAAGACAUGCAAGACCGUCUUGUCUUUUCUCACGAGAAUGUUAACCUGAAGCUCCCUGGAGGACAGUAAACUAGUUGAUACCAGAGUAGAAGCAGAGCAUAAGAUUUCUUCAAACUGAAACAAUGGUAUACCUUAGAAGACAUAAAAACAUGAGCUUUCAGACAUCGCAUAAAAUUUAACUAAAUAUAUUGCAAACAAUUAACCAAAAAACAGGAAGUAAAAAAAAAGACAACAGAACUAGAGGCGCAGAAAACAGUAUUGCAAAGCUUCAGAACAGUAAACCCUGAUCAUUGUGAGUGGCUUGUAAAUACUGAUAUACAGUUCAGUAAACAUUUUUCAUAAUGUAUGAGUAAAAUAAACUUUGUGGAAAUUAUAAGAGAAAACAAAUAUUUUCUUACAUCUUAUAACAUUUGAAUGUCAAAUACAGUGGAACCUCAAAUAUAGAACUUUCUUCGGUCCAGAAGGCUGUUCAAGUGUCACUACUGAACGAAUUUAUUCCCAUCAGGAAAAAUGUAAAUUAGAUUAGACCAUUUCAGACCCUCAAAAAUACACUUAUAAAAGCACUUACAAAAAUACACUUACAUAAUUGGUUGAGUUGGGAGCAGUCCGAUUUUUGAUGUUCCACUGUAUACUUCUUACUAUAUUCCACCAAGUUAAUGCAAUCCUAUUUGCCCAAGAGAUAUUUCCAGAGUAUUUGGUAUGAUCAUAAAGGAUGGGUUUGGGAUAUUGGCAGUUUGGAGGGAUAUGUAGUGUAUGUUUAUACGUAUAUGCUUCUAAACUGUUGUAUUCUGAGCACCUCUGCAAAAACAGUGAUUAUGUGUGAGUAAGGUGAAAGUGUUGAAUAAUGAUGAAUGUAUUUUCUUUUUGGGGUUUUUCUUUCUUUUUGGGUCACUCUGCCUCGGUGAGAGAUGGCCGACUUGUUAAAAAAAAAAAUGCAGACAGAUAAGAUAAGAUAAGAUAAGAUUUCGUUCGGAUUUUUAACCCCGGAGGGUUAGCCACCCAGGAUAACCCAAGAAAGUCAGUGCGUCAUCGAGGACUGUCUAACUUAUUUCCAUUGGGGUCCUUAAUCUUGUCCCCCAGGAUGCGACCCACACCAGUCGACUAACACCCAGGUACCUAUUUGCUGCUAGGUGAACAGGACAAUAGGUGUAAGGAAACGUGUCGGAAUUUCCACCCGCCGGGAAUCGAACCCGGGCCCUCCGUGUGUGAAGCGGGAGCUUUAGCCACCAGACCACCGGGCCACACAAUAACAAUAACAGAUGUUAGUGGAAUGCUAUAAGGCAUUCCACUAACACAGAAUGCUUUGAUAUGCUGUUGGAGUGUGAGCAAGGUAACAUUUAUGAAGAGAUUCAGGGAUACACUUGAUACACUAUUAUACAUGUAACUAAAUACAGUGGACCCCCGCUUAACGAUCACCUCCCAAUGCGACCAAUUAUGUAAGUGUAUUUAUGUAAGUGCGUUUGUACGUGUAUGUUUGGGGGUCUGAAAUGGACUAAUCUACUUCACAAUAUUCCUUAUGGGAACAAAUUCGGUCAGUACUGGCACCUGAACAUACUUCUGGAAUGAAAAAAUAUCGUUAACCGGGGGUCCACUGUACCUAUAAUCAACUAUUAUGUUGCUGCAUAAGAGUAAACUAAAUCAUUACAAUGUACAGUAGAACCCCGUAUCCAUGGAUCUGGUAUCCACAGUUUCAGUUAUCCAUGGUUUAUUGUGGCCCAAAAAUAACCCUUAAUUUUGCUUAACCAAAGUGCAAAAGUAGUGAUGGUGGCAGAUCUUCAAAGCUUAAGCCGUGAAGUGCUUCCCAUCAGUGGAAAAAGUGCUAAUUCUAGACUUAUUUUGGACAAUUUAUCAAUUAAACUUAUCAUACGUGUACAUUUUUCUUUUUUCAACAAACCAGCCGUAUCCCACCGAGGCGGGGUGGCCCUAAAAGAAAAACAAAAGUUUCUCUUUUUAAAUUUAGUAGUUUAUACAGGAGAAGGGGUUACUAGCCCCUUGCUCCCAGCACUGGGCUAGUAACCCCUUCUCCUGUAUAAAUUACUAAAUUUAAAAAGAGAAACUUUCGUUUUUCUUUUUGGGGCACCCUGCCUUGGUGGGAUAUAGCCAGUUUGUUAAAAGAAGCAGCAGCAGCUAAGAGUAAACUAAAUCAUUACAAUAUAUCACUACGUAUCAAAUCCUCUAUCAGUUUCAUAUAGAAUAAUUCAAGUAGGACAACAAGCUGACUUACUUAAAUAUGUAAGUUACAGAUGCAGGUCCAUACCAAUCACCUGCUUUCCCAGCUUUUGUCCAGAAUGAACCAAGUUAUGUAGAGAGAGUGGACAGUGUGGGGAAGGAGAGUCACCCAGCCAGUGCACAAUGCAACGGUGAAUAAGAUUAUCUGCUCCCUGCGCUGAAUUCUUGUUAUAUCUCCAGUCUGUAAAAUAAUAUACAGAUCACUUGUACAUUUUUUAAAUAAUUUAACCUAUUAUGUGCUACAGUACAUCAUUUACCAUCUUUGUAAAAUGUACGUCAUAAGAGUCAAGAUUAAUAUUGUUAAGUAAAUGGACACAGAUGCAACUAAUGUGACAUUUUAUUGUGGCAGUGUUUCGUUCUUCAGAAGCUUUGUCAAGCUGUGAUGUUUGACAACAGCUUUGUCAAGCUGUGAUGUUUGACAACAGCUUUGUCAAGCUGUUAUGUUUGACAACAGCUUUGUCAAGCUGUGAUGUUUGACAACAGCUUUGUCAAGCUGUUAUGCUUGACAAAGUUCCUGAAGAGCGAAACAUUACCACAGUAAAAUGUCACAUUAGUUGCAUCUGUCCAUUUACCUAUUAUUUUGUUGGUAAUUCUACCAUUAUUAAUAUGAUUAAUAUUAUUAGAUUCAUGGCAGUGCUAAACCCACUCUGGACAUACAAUGACUACAAAAGACAAAGGCACAGUUCCAUGACUGGAACAAUACACAAAUAACCCGCACAUAGGAGAGGCUUAUUGUGAUGUUUUGAUCCUACUUGGACCAUUUACAAAGUCACUGUGUGACUCUGUAAAUUGUCCAAGUGGGAUCAAAACAUCAUAAGCUUCUCUCCAAUGUGCAGGUCAUUUGUGUAAUGACUACAAAAUGCACAACCCAUGUGUGGCUUUGUCUAACAAAGGCCUGAAAUGCACUGUAUCCUGGUGGCUUUCUUUGUGGCUAACAAUAUUUUAUUACAUAUAAACUACAUUACCUGUACACUGCAUAAAAGAAACAAAGUACAGGAGGGCCUCACAUAUACAGCACAAGAGGGCCCCACAUAUACAGCACAAGAGGGCCCCACAUAUACACCACAAGGGCCUCACAUAUACAGCACAAGAGGGCCCCACAUAUACAGCACAAGAGGGCCCCACAUAUACAGCACAAGAGGGCCCCACAUAUACAGCACAAGGGCCUCACAUAUACAGCACAAGGGCCUCACAUAUACAGCACAAGAGGACCCCACAUAUACAGCACAAGAGGGCCCCACAUAUACAGCACAAGAGGGCCCCACAUAUACAGCACAAGGGCCUCACAUAUACAGCACAAGAGGGCCCCACAUAUACAGCACAGGAUGGCCGCACCUAUAUGUGGGGCACCUCUUCCGUGUUCUAAGUUCUCGCUGACUUUCAACCGAGUCGUCGUUCCACACGCUGGCAGGUAAAACACAAUGAAAACUGCCUCAAUUUGAGGUGCUGUAUAUGCACGGUCUUAUUUGAAUUUGAGUUUAUAUGUAACUACAAUUGUUUUUGUGAGAGACCUUAAGUAACAUCAAGAAAUCUCCUUCAAGGAAAUACAUAAUGUCAAUGAAGAUUUACUGCUCUGUUACUCUGAAUGGAACAUUAACACUGAUUAUAUUGGUCAAAUAUUGUCACUGAUCUAAAUAUGUAUUUUUUUUUUUAUUGCAACCAAAAAUACAAUAGACUGAGUGAGGCUACCCUCUGGAUAUACAUUUACAGUUGACUUACACUUCCUACUGGAUAUAAUUUACAUCCAGCUGACUUACACUUCCAACUGGACACACAUUUACACCCAGUUGAUUUACACUUCCAACUGGACACAUUUACAACAAGUUGGUUUACAUCACCUACUGGACAAACAUAUCAUGCUGAUUUAGUUUAGGUUAGGUAAGGUUCGUCAGGAUUCCUGUCAGAUAUACAUACCAUGGUACCUAAGAAUUCCUACACAACGUAUUUACACCUGUUCACUUAGGCUUCCUGCUACACUUACUUUUACAUUAUAGUGAUUUAUGCUACCUAUCACAAACAUUGAUGCUACCUACCACACAAACACUGAUACUACUACCACCAUACAAACAUUGAUGUGGUGUUAAGUGUAAGGUUUUCAUUUGAAAAUAUGUACGUACUUAUAGAAUAAAAGAUAUCCAAGACAUUUUAACCCA